CAAGCUCCACGCAGUAUCAGCCACCAGUUGCAGGCGCCGUGCGGCCGAGAGCACGCGCGCGUAGAGAAGAAAAUUCUAAUGCUCAGAUUUUGAUAUUUUCGGGCGGGAUGAGCUUCAAGGAGCGAAUUAAAAGCGUUUGGGGAUGAUUUAAAAGAAAAAAAAAUAUCAGUAUUUUUUUGCGUUGAAAACAACAUUGAGAGCUGAAUAAUGCUUUGCGAGGUUUUUAAUUAAUUCGAAUAGAAGGAAGAUAAUUACCUGGAGUGAGAAUGGAAAAAUAUGAGAUAGGAUAUUACGAUUGUGAUUGCGGAGGUACUCUAUGAAGCUUCGCUUAUUUCGAGCGACGAGAAAACUCGGUCAACAGUCCGUCGCGUGUUAAAGUACUUUAGAUGAAGAGACGAAUUCAGGUAGUGGAAUUAAAAGUGGAAUUGAAUUGAUUAAAUGGGGUUGUUUUGUGGUGUCUGGUGUGGGUGAGUUUAAAGGAAGUUGGAGACACUGAGGGACGGGCGAGAGGAAUUCGAAGGAGGUAUUCAGGAAGUUUGAAAAGUUCAAGUUCACAUGGAUGAAGAAGAGAGCCCCGGUGACAACGCCGCCGAUGAUGGCAGCGUCAAGGAGCUACAGAAGCUGCGGGACAGGUACGAGGGAAAAGUAACGGCAUCACUAUACACCGGUACCCUCACUGUUGCCGGAGCUGCCUCGCUCACUGCUCUUGUUGCACUCUGCGUACUUCACUUUAAUGACCUGAAAGAUGUCGUUGUUGAGGCAUCGAUCCUCGCCCUGACGGUGGUAUCAUCCCUGACCCUCCUAACAAUCGCCCAAUUUCCAUCGACUCUGACCUCCAACCGAGCAAGAAUAUCCGUUGGUCUGACUUCAUCACUAAUCCUGGGGGCCGCGGUUUUGGCGCUAGCCGGGCCAUUACCAAUAUUUGCCUGCAUACUGACAACAAUCGCAACACUACCCCGAAUCAGGAAGCAUCGACCAACGGUGGUUGGCCUCGUUAUUGCUGCUGUCCACAUUGCACGGGGAAUUGUUAUGUACAUAAUGGACGAAGAUGCGAGCUUCCACCAGGUGACGGGCGAUGCAGUGCUCAUGCUGUCGGCCAUCAUCGCUGGAAUACACUACAGAAAUUUAACAAGCAGAGCACACCGACAGACAUUUUCGGGUACAAAAACUGUUAUUAAAUCACGUGUGAAACUAGAGUGCGAGAGAGAGCAGCAGGAACAACUGUUGCUCAGCGUCAUCCCAGCCUACAUAGCAGCAGAGGUGAAGCGCAGUAUCAUGCUGAAAAUGGCUGAUGCCUGUCAGGAGGCGAGCAAGCACAAACAGACGCGCUUCCACGAGAUGUACGUUCAACGACACAAUAACGUCAGUAUUCUCUACGCAGACAUCGUCAACUUUACUCCGCUCUCGGAGCAAUUGUCGGCGUCGGAUCUCGUUAAAACUCUGAAUCAACUCUUUGGGAGGUUUGAUCAAAUUGCACAGGACAAUCAAUGCAUGAGGAUAAAAAUCCUGGGCGAUUGCUACUACUGCGUAUCCGGCCUCCCCGUAUCACGACCUAAUCAUGCCUACAACUGUGUCAAUAUGGGCCUCCAGAUGAUAGACACUAUCAGAUUCGUAAGAGAAGCAACUGGAUUCAACGUAGACAUGAGAAUCGGAAUACACACUGGGAAUGUUCUCUGCGGUGUACUUGGCCUCCGAAAGUGGCAGUUUGAUGUUUGGAGUGACGAUGUCACUCUUGCCAAUCAUAUGGAGAGUGGUGGAUUACCUGGGAGGGUUCACAUAACGUCAGCAACGCUGGACCAACUUGGUGAUCGUUUCAAGGUAGAGCCAGGAAACGGUGGUUCCCGUGAGACUUAUCUCGCCGACCACAAGAUCGAAACUUAUCUCAUAAUACCACCAGAGAAAACUAAGGGAGACGUUGAAAUGGAGAAUGGUAAAAUGCCAGGUCCAGUGCCAUCCAGGUCAAGGCCCAGCAGUAAAAUGACUAAAUAUGUUGAGUGCUGGGGGGCGGACAAGCCCUUUGCCAACAUUGCCGAGUCAACAUUAGCUAAAAAUAUUGGCUUAACCAGCAUCGCAAUGAUCGAAUCCAAUCUCUUGGCAAAUAACUCCAACUGCAUAAACAUCAAACAAUGUUGCACGGGUAACGAGGGAAUGUCGUCCACCACGUACUGGUUCAAAGAUAAAACACAGGAGAGCCAGUACAGAGACCAGAGGGAUGAGCAAUACCCCUGGUACGUCGUCGCAUCCACCGUUCUCUACUCCGCAAUGUUCAUUAUUCAAGUUAUCUAUCUACCGAGCAGUAUAACCGUCUACGGAUGCUUCUCAGUCGGCCUAAUUUCCCUGCUCUCCUUCACUGGAAUAUCCUGGUACGCCGAGAGAACAUCUGUUGGCUGUGAAGAGACAAGUCAUCCGAUGGUCCUGAGUCGUGGCAUCAGAAUAGCUGUCUAUCUGAUCACAGCAGUGCUCGCUGUGGCUUCGGGGCUAAUUAGUAUCAUCGAUGUCGACGUAAAUAAUUCAAGAGUGGCACCAGCCUACUUGCACUCGGCGACCCUUGCGCUGAUAAUUGGAUGGGUUCAUCUGAGAGUUGGGUUCCUCCUCAAGCUCUUCGUCAUGAUUCUUUCCAUAUUCUCUGUUCUUGCGGUGUUCCACUACAAUCCGAUGAUUGGGGACUACUAUGGUGGCGAGAGCGAAUUCUCCGGAAUAAAUCAUCUCAUACAAAUUGGCUACCUCCUCUGCACCAUCGCCCUUAUCCUCCACGUACUCGACCGACAAAUUGAAUUCACAACGAGAACAGAUUUUUUGUGGAAGACAAAGCUCAGAGUAGAGCAAGACGAAGUGGAAACAAUGCGUGGUAUAAAUAAGAUUCUACUGGAGAAUAUCCUUCCGGCUCACGUGGCCGACCACUUCCUCUCCACCCAGGUCACCCAGGACUUGUACCACGAGAGAUACAGCAGUAUCGCCGUGAUGUUUGCGUCGAUACCGAAUUACAAGGAAUUUUACGAUGAGACUGAUAUUAAUAAACAGGGGCUGGAGUGUCUGAGGCUACUCAAUGAGAUUAUUUGUGAUUUUGAUAAGCUUCUGCUUAAGCCGAAAUUCUCGGGAAUCGAGAAGAUUAAGACUAUUGGGAGUACGUACAUGCUUGCUGCUGGGUUGAGUCCAGGAAAGGAAGAUGUAAACGAGAAGGACCUGAUGAAACAGCAAGAACACAAUGUGAUUGUUCUCGUGGAGUUUGCCAUCGCCCUCAUGACUAUUCUCGAUCAAAUUAAUAGAGAAUCCUUUCAGCGGUUUAAAUUGAGAAUGGGCCUGAACCACGGCCCGGUGAUAGCCGGCGUAGUGGGUGCCCAAAAGCCCCAAUACGAUAUCUGGGGGAACACUGUCAACGUGGCCUCUAGAAUGGACAGUUGCGGUGAGAUGGGACGACUCCAAGUAACCGAAGAUACCGCGAAAAUACUGAAAAACGCGGGCUACGAGCUCAUCUGCCGUGGGCCGACCUACGUCAAAGGAAAAGGCACCUUGACAACCUACUUCGUGAAAACCCCUUUCGAUGGUAAAGAGGACAAUUACUAGCAAUCUCAUAAUUUUGUACAUAUUUUAAUCGCAUAAGAACAGUGGAAAUUAUCAUUGUAUUCUAAAAUUGUGAUUGUCGACACCUUAUUCGUUUAUCUUCUGAAAACAACGAACGAAAAAGUCAUUCGACACAAGGUGGGAAAAUCCUAAUUUCCUAAACCUAAUUCCUAAAAUCCUAAUUUCCCUUUGUGAUCAGCCUAAACUGAGCUCAAUUGAUGAAUUUGUUUCUCAGUUAUGAGUAAUUAACACAAAAGUUUAAAGUAUACAUUUUACCCCACUCUCCUAAUACAGGAAGAAUAUUUUAAUAACGACAAAUAAAUAUUAAAUUCAGAAAACAAAAGUGCAUUCCCCCCCCCCCUAAAAUUGUAAAUUAUUUUAACUCUAAUGAUCUCAUGCAUGUGUAUUUAUGCGAAAUUUUAUGAAUGUUGUAAAUCAAAUCUUGUUGUCUCAUUGUUGUGAAGAAAAUUAAUAAAUAUUUUUUGUCUGGAAA